AUGAUGUGGAAACUACUCCUACUGCUUGUUCUAUCUGCCGUUGCCCUGGCGGUCCCCUUCAUCGAACCGCCAAAUCGGAUAUCGAGAAAAAUGUCGGAACGCGCGGCAAAGGGUAUUUGGAAAUCGCUGGGGCCCGGGGAUGCCGUGUGCUUUGAUAUUGACGAGACGCUGAGGAAGGAUAAUAUUUUACUGGAAUUCGCCAACUGGCUGGGCGUCGGUGAUUUCGUGCAAAAGGUCACGAAUAUGCCGUUUUCACCGACGUUCACCCACGCAGACUCGAUGCGCCUUCGGCUAAGCAUUAUGAAUUUCACGCGGGAACAAUAUAACGAGUUCCUACAGCUUCACAUCAGUACCAUCAAGGAAAAAUCAUCCCCCGGAGCUCGCGACCUGAUCACUACCCUACGCAAUAAGGGAAUCGACGUCUAUCUGGUCGGCGGCGGCUUUAGGGAAAAUGCCGACAAUAUGGGCGACUUUUUGGGAAUUCCUAGGGACCAUACCUACUCUCACGAUCUUGUUUUUGACCCGGCUGGUCGCUACAAAGAUUUGGAUGUUUCAGGAAUUUCUGAUGGUCAAGGAAAUCACGGAAAGUCGAACCUGCUACGCGUGCUGAAAGCCGAAAGGCAAAUCGACAAUCUGGUGAUGAUUGGCGAUUCGACGAUUGACAUGGUCGCCUGUCCGCCGGCUAAUUUAUGUAUUGGAUUUGGGAGGUGGAAUCUAGACCCCCGAGCCCGAGCCGUCGCCGACUGGUACUUGAUGGAUAUGGGAGAGCUUUUGAGGGCACUU